AUCUAAUUCCAAAUUCCCGUUGAUGAUUCGAAUUCGAUGGAAUUCACUCUCAUUCUUCUCCGCCAUUGAUGUGGCUUCUUCGAAUCUCUUGCUCUUUGCUUAUCGGAGUUUCUCUCUUGGAUCUCCUCCGUCCCUGGAUUGGUGGCGGCAGAAUUCAGAGGCUGAAAUUUUUCACGAAUCAUUUGUUGAAAUAGCUACAACUAGUGCGGCAAUGAAUUAGAACAAUUUGCCGAACCACGUUGCAGUUAUUGUUGAAUCUGCAGGUUUGGAUUUCUCCACCGGAAAAUCCUUUGAAUUGGAUUCCGUUGUUUCCUAAAUUGUUAUAGUUCGAAAUCAUGAUGGAUUCCGAAUCCGCCGACUCUUCUUCAUCAGCGCAACCUCCUCCUGCAAAACCUACUUCCACUGCAGAGCCUAUUGCGAUAGCUUCGAAUGUCGAUUCUUAUGAUACGUCUUCUAACGCGGAGCCCUCGGUUCCAACUGGAACUACGGCCGAUCAUCCAGCUGAAGAAUCACGAACUACAACUGCGGAAUGUAAGGAUGCGAAUACAAGUCUGCCUACGCCGACGCCGCCACCGGACUCCGUGGCUACAAGUUCUGGUGGUUCUACCUUUUCUCAUAUUACUAGUGGCAUCGGAUUGCGUCUCUCUGCAAUGGCUUCUGGAUCAGAAGAGGCUUCUCAAGGCAGUGCAACAACAGCUGGGCAGGGUGGUGUUCUUGAAUCACUGACGAAGGGCUUGGUCGACUCAUCUCGGAGUGCCGUCAAGGCUAUCCAGGUCAAAGCUCGCCAUGCUGUUUCUCAAAAUAAACGCAGAUAUCAGGAAGGAGGAUUUGAUUUGGAUAUGGCUUACAUCACUGAGAACAUCAUUGCUAUGGGGUUUCCGGCUGGUGAUUUGAGCUCUGGGCUUUUCGGGUUCUUUGAGGGGUUCUAUCGGAAUCACAUGGAAGAAGUGAUCAGAUUUUUUGAGAGUCGCCACAAGGGAAAAUAUAAAGUGUACAAUCUAUGUGCAGAGAGACUGUAUGACGCAUCACGGUUCGAGGGGAAGGUGGCAUGUUUUCCAUUUGAUGACCAUAAUUGCCCUCCGCUUCAACUCAUACCAUUAUUCUGUCAAAGUGCAUACUCCUGGUUGAAGGCGGACAUUCAAAAUGUAGUAGUAGUCCAUUGUAAAGCUGGAAUGGGCAGGACAGGUCUGAUGAUCUGUUGCCUUCUUCUAUUUCUUAAGUUCUUUCCGAUUGCUGAGGAGGCCAUUGAUUUCUUCAACCAGAAAAGAUGCAUAGACGGGAAGGCUUUAGUUCUCCCAAGUCAGAUUAGAUAUGUGAAAUACUUUGAGCGCAUCCUGACUUACUUCAAUGGCAAAAUUCAGCCUGGACGGAGGUGCAUGCUUCGGGGUUUUCGGCUUCACAAUUGCCCUUACUGGAUACGGCCUUCUAUCACCAUCUCCAAUCAUAGUGGUCGAUUGUCUUUUAAGUUUUCGUCUUUCAAAUCAUCAUUUUGUGCUCAUCCUGAGGACUUUUGGAUCAGUGGCCGGAGGAAAGGAAUUGUUGUUUUUGCUCUGCCAGGGGAACCUGGUCUAACCGAGUUGGUUGGAGACUUCAAAAUCCACUUCCAUGACCGCCAGGGGGACUUCUACUGCUGGUUCAAUACUACGAUGACGGAGAACAGGAAAACGUUAACAGGGGACGAAAUUGAUGGCUUCGACAAGAGAAAACUGCCUUCUCCAGGAUUCGAGGUUGAGAUUGUGAUGAUAGAUUACGAUGGUACAUCACCACCGGUAACUACAAAGACCAAUUCAGCAAGCAACAGUUCUAGCGCGUCAAGUUGUGCUGCAACAGCGAAUACAGGAGGAGCUUAUGUUGCUCCGAAGUCUUCUAAUCAAAAGGAAGCGUCGGCGAGCAAUGAGGAAGACGAUGUAUUCUCCGACAGCGAUGAAGAGGACACCAAAGCAGCCUCAAAGAGCAAGCAAGGUCAAGGUCGGAGUGAAGGUCAAGCUGCUCCGCCUACUAGUGAACCGGCUAUGUCCACCACAGAACAAAUGAACAGCUUGACUCGUGGAACGAAGCAGGUGAGUCUCGGUCUUGCUAGUAAGGAAACUUCACAGCCAAGUGCGAGCAGCGAGCCAGCUGCCAUUCAGAAACCUUCAGCGAGCGUGGGAACACCAAAGUUGGAGUCCGGGGCCAGCGAUAUCAAGGCGAUGGCUGCUGAUGCUUCGGUGUUCAGUUUUGGGGACGAAGAUGAUUUCGAAAGCGAUUAAAAGAUGACAGGUAGGCUCGUUCAGUUUUGACCAACAAGCUAUACCAUCUUUCGAAUGGCCCCCUUAGGAUCAGCGAAUGACGCAAUGCGAAAUCGAUAUGGCCUGGAGCUUGCAAGGUUAGAUUAGAUGUCAAUUGUAUUAGUUGUAUCAAUUUCGUAGUGUUAUGGGGUUAUUUGGAUGCCAAAGUUGAAAAGUGGUUGAUUUUAACGCACCUAUAAAUUUCAGAAUAUCGGUGUUAGGUCACAUUGAUCUUAACAAAGCUCACUAAUAUUUCUGUAUGAGGGCAAAAUAAACAUUAGGAGAGCCAAGUUUCAAGAGUACAUAUACGAG